AUGAUUUAUGAUCAGCUGUGUGCGUGUUUGCUAGUUGUUGUUUGUCCAAUCACUGACAUCCUAGACGCCCACCUGAGUCCCUCUGAAUGCAGCUCCGCCCCUUUCGCUAGCCCCACCCCCAAAGCAAAGAAUCAUUGCGCGUUCACUGCAGUGUAUGUGAAACGACUAUCCUUGAAAGAGGGGAAAUACCAACUCUAUUUGGACCUGUUAACUCCACCGAAUCACAACCUCAUCUUUUCCAGAACUUCGGGUGUGUGGUGCACAGGCUUUCUGUGUGCGUUCGACUGCCGGUCAGCAGAAGGUUUGUCAGAAAAAGCAUUCAGCUCUCCAAAGCGGGGGCUGUUGUGUUGGAGCGCGGGCGGCAUUUCGUACAGCUCCGGCCCGCGGGCGCUGUGUCAGCAGCGCGGAACCCCAGAGAGGAAAUCUGUGGCCCGGCUUCAGGUCCACAGCUUGGUUUUCAUCUUGCGCCUGGGCCUGCGUGCUUUGGUGCUUCUUCUGAAGUUCGGCCCCCUUCUGAUUCUGUAUCCUCUGACUUUACUAUCUGGCCGUUGGGCAUCGCAUUGGUUGGACGCCCUGCUUUGGAUCACAGAGACCUCCGGACCCACGUUUAUGAAGCUGGGUCAGUGGGCCAGUACCAGACGGGACAUCUUCUCACAGGACUUCUGCGAUCGUUUCUCCAGGCUCCACGUGCAGGUCAAGCCUCACGCGUGGGCUCACACCAAAGAGUGUCUGCGGAGAGCGUUUGGAGAAGGCUGGAGGCAGACGUUUGUUUUCGACAGUAAGGAGCCCGUCGGCUCAGGCUGCGUGGCGCAGGUGUACCGCGCCAAGGCCAGGGUGGGGAACGUGGACGAUCCGGCGUUCCGACAGCUGCUGGAGGAUCUGGAAAAGAACAAUGUCAUGGAGGCCUGGGAGAUUCCUGGUCUUGGAGGAGCGUUGAGCGGCCUUUGGGAGACAUACAGGGAUGAAGAAGAAGAAAGUGUGGACUUUACAGAGAGAACAAGCGUCCAGAAAGAAGAGGAGCGUCUGAUCCCUGUGGCUGUAAAGGUUCUUCAUCCUGGAAUCAGAAGGCAGGUGCAGAUCGAUCUGACAUUAAUGAAAGCUGGAAGUCUAUUGCUCGACUGUUUGCCCGGAAUCAAGUGGCUUAGUCUGCCUGAGAUGGUUCAGGAGUUUGAGAAGCUCAUGACCAAACAGAUCGAUCUCCGCUUCGAGGCCCAAAACAUGGAAAAGUUCCAGAAGAACUUCCGAGAUCUGGACUACGUGAAAUUUCCCACACCGCUCCGGCCGUUCGUCACGAGGAGCGUCUUGGUAGAAACGUUCGAGGAAAGCGAACCCAUCUCGAAGUAUCUGAGCCCAGAGGUGCCGGCAGCUGUGAAGCGGAGAAUCGCUAGGAUGGGUGUAGAGCUGCUUCUGAAAUGGUUGGUGUUUGUAGAUAACUUUGUCCACGGUGACCUCCAUCCCGGGAACAUUCUGGUCCAGAUGGGUGGAGGAGAGGCGCCGCAGGACAGGGUCACCCUCACUGAUCUGUGGGACACGGUGGUGGUCAGCGUGAGGUGGAGUGGUCCGCCGCUGCAGCUGGUGCUGUUAGACGCCGGUAUCGUGGCUCAGCUCAGCGAGGAGGAUCGGCGCAACUUCAGAGACGUGUUCACUGCUGUGGUUCUCAAACGGGGCGAGCGGGUGGCAGAGCUCAUUCUUCAUCACGCGCGUGCCAGCGAGUGUCAGGAUGUGACGCGCUUCAAGAAAGAAAUGGCUGAACUAGUGGACGGUGCUCUCGGCGACACUCUCUCUCUAGGGAAGAUUCAGGUAGCUGAGCUGCUGUCUCAAGUCUUUGGUUUACUGAUCCGUCACAAGGUGAAGUUGGAGAGUAAUUUCGCAUCGAUGGUGUUUGCCAUCAUGGUUCUGGAAGGUUUAGGAAGGUCACUGGAUCCUCACCUGGACAUUCUGGAGAUGGCCAAAGCCAUUCUGCUAAAGAACUGCACAUCUCUCCUCUGAUACGAAAUGUUUUCUUCAUUAUUCCACACAAAACGUGCUCUGAUGCUGAGAUUGGACUGUGCACACGGGCUAGAUUUCUCUCCGUGUGAACUAAAUGUAAAUAGAUGUUUACAGAUCUGAAAUAAAAAGUGUUUCUGUCCCAAAAUCUGACAUCACAGCGUGAAAUAAGACGGGAUAAAAGCAGGAGUCUUGUUUAUAAACUCUUUUGUCUAAUUGUUGUUUAUUUGUCUUCAUUGUAAAUGUUUAUUAACAUUGUCUGUAACAAUCCAUGUCCAAAUAAAAAGUUCGAUCAACUUGACUUUU